AUGAUAAAUAAGAACAUUUCACCAGUUGAUAUAUUAUGUCGAGAAUUACAUCGACUUGAUAAUGAUAUUGAUCGAUUACAAAUGCUUAUUACACUUAAAUCUCAUCUUAAUAAUUUACAAUUCAAUCCAAAUACUCUUCAAUUCUUUUUUUCUAUCUUUAAUGAUGAACAAUAUCGUUUACAAGCAAUUAAUCAAUUAAUUCCAUCUAUUCACACAUUUAUCACAUCAGAUAGUCUAACAAUACUUUUAGAACUUUUUACUAAUAAUGAAUAUCGAUUAAAUUUAAUUGAAACACUUAAAAAUUGCGAACCAUUAAAAACAAACAAAGAAGUCAAUGACAUAUUACAUAAUGAAUAUCGUCAAUAUUUUCAUGCGAAAAAAAUUAAAUCAAAAGAAAAUAUUAAAAAUCCUGAAAAUCAAUUUAUUCAAAUCGAAAAUUCAAAAGAUAUAGAACCAACUAUUUCUAUAACUACAACAUCUAAUGUUGCUAAAGUUGUAUCAAAUACAUCAGGAGUAUUUGAAAAAGCUAAACAAUUUGUAUGUCGUGUGUUUGGUGGUGGUUCAUCAUCAUCUUCUCUUAAUCAAGAAUUACCAAAUAAACGAUUGAUUAAUGAAGUUCAUUCUAUAACAGAUAAUAUUGAACGAAAAAAAUUUCAUCCUAUUGAUGAUGAUGAUUUACAAUUUCAACCAACAUCAAUGUCUUUAUCAACAUCACAAAGUUAUACAUCACUAAUUACUAAAUCACCACCACCAUCACCAAUAACACUUGUAGAACAGCCAAUUAUUCGUCAAUCAUCUAUACCCAUUCAAUCAAUGAUGGUAACACAAAUUCAUUCAAUUCUUGAUAAUAUUGAUUCAGUUCUCGAUAAAAUUGAAGCACAAGCUAAUUCAGUCAUUCGACGACCAGCUUUUAAUGAAAAUUAUUCAUCUAUUGAAACAUCAAAUACACUCGAUUUAAAUAUUGAUUUUUCUGAUGAAUUACCAAAUAACACAAUACAACAAAGCACUGAUCAAAUAACACAAACAGCUAUUAAUAUUGUUGAACGCCAUUUAAAUAUGAAUGAUGGUAGUGGUGAUACAACACCAACAUUUAUUGAUUUACUUGAUAUUGUUGAAGACUCUAGUUCGAUUAUAUCAUCGGAAUCGAGUGAUGAAAUAAUUGAUAACUUCCACUGA